CCUGGCGUUAUUCAGCUUUCGUACGAUUUAUCGCACAUACUUGAACCACGUGUGGCCACAGUGAACAUACGACUGAAGUGCAGAUGUCCAACGCGACAACUAUGUAGUACUAUAAAUACUGCGUGCAUGUAUAGUUGUCAAAUAUCACAGGUCCGAGUCGCGGUCUACCUGCUCGGAUCGGAAGAAGAGGCAAACGUACCGAGCAAUCAGCUGAAUCGUAGUUUCUACAGCGCGAGCUACCCGCCGCAGAACCGCACCGGCGGCGAGGAUCUCUGGAACCUUGCCACCGACAGAGCCGGUCUAGCGAUACUCCUGUUCCUGUUCUCGGUCGCCACCGUGUUCGGCAAUAUGCUGGUGAUCCUGGCGGUGGUGAGAGAGAGGUAUCUCCACACAGCGACCAAUUACUUCGUCACGUCGUUGGCUUUCGCCGACUGUCUGGUCGGGCUGGUGGUGAUGCCGUUCAGCGCGAUAUACGAGGUGCUGGAGAAUCGUUGGCUAUUCACCACGGACUGGUGCGACGUCUGGCGUUCGUUGGACGUUCUCUUCUCGACCGCGUCGAUCCUGAAUCUCUGCGUUAUCAGUUUGGAUCGUUACUGGGCCAUCACCGACCCGUUCACCUAUCCGAGUAAAAUGAGCAGGAAACGCGCGGCCAUUCUCAUCGCCACCGUGUGGAUUUGCUCGAGCGCGAUCUCGUUCCCGGCGAUCGCGUGGUGGAGGGCUGUCCGCACGGAGGAAGUGCCGGAAGACAAGUGCCCGUUCACCGAGCACCUCGGUUAUCUGAUCUUCUCGUCGACGAUCAGCUUCUAUUUGCCCCUGUUCGUGAUGGUGUUCACCUACUACAAGAUCUAUCGGGCCGCCGUGUUCCAGACCAAGAGCCUGAAGCUCGGCACCAAGCAAGUUAUAAUGGCCUCCGGUGAAUUGGAGCUCACUCUGAGGAUACAUCGAGGAGGCGGGACAAACACCGACGCCAGGCACCUGUUCCGCACUGCCUCGAGCACGCCGGAGGACCUCCAGGAUCUCGAGGAGCCUCUGACCGCCAUGCACAACAACUGUUUAACCAGGGUCCCCUCGACGAGGAUCAAUAAACAGCACCGGGGCAACAAUUUCUCGCUGUCGCGCAAGCUGGCCAAGUUCGCCAAGGAGAAAAAAGCCGCCAAGACGCUGGGCAUCGUAAUGGGCGUCUUCAUCAUCUGCUGGCUGCCGUUCUUCGUCGUGAACCUCUGGUCAGGAUUUUGCUCGCAGUGCAUAUGGCAGGAGAAGAUCGUGUUCGCCGCGGUGACGUGGCUCGGCUGGAUCAACAGUGGUAUGAACCCGGUGAUAUACGCCUGCUGGAGCAGAGACUUCCGC